UCCUGUGUGGCUCGUCAAGAGCUGUUUGGGUUUGUUGUGCAAAUUAUCUGUUUUUUGAGUUUUUCUGGGUUCCUGGUUUUUUCGUUACAAUCUUAGAUGAUUAGUGUUUGGAUGAGUAUGUUAUCUAAUUAUUGACCUUGUGUAGGUCUGGGCUUCUGGUUUUUCUGCAGCCUUUCUGAAAAAGCGUAGUGUAGCGGCAAAAGGAACCGUAGACUCAAAUGAGUCAGGGAUGGAUGCUUUGGUUGGCAGCAAUAUUGGAGUAGUGGCACCCAAACCUGCAGUAACUGAAGCAGCUUUGCUAGUAGUUUUGGAGAAGUUCUUUGGGGUGGUUUUGAAGCUUCCUACAGUGAACAGGAGGCUUUCUGAUGUGUUGAGCCUAUUGUCAGCGCGACAACCAAGUUGUCCGCAAUUGUAUAUCUACAGCUCUGCAGACAGGGCGAUUCCUGCCGGGUCGGUGGAAUCAUUUAUAAAGGAGCAAAGGAGGGCUGGACAUGGGGUAAGGGCUUGCAACUUUGUGUCGACGCCUCAUGUUGAUCAUUUCAGAAACGACCCGAAACUGUACAGUUGUGAGCUAACCCAGUUUCUGGAGGACUGCGUGCUUACUUGUUACAAACAGUUGCGUUGAUUGAUGUAAUGUUUUUAGUCGUGUGUUUACACAGCAUAUCUGAUUAAUUGAUUGGUGUAGAGGUUGUUGGAUGCAAGAGGGUUUUAGACCACUCAUUUUUCUGUCGAAGGUUGUUGACAUCACAUGUUACGGACAAAUAU